CACUUCCGGCGGGAGCACGCCGGUGGUCAUGGAGGCUGAGCGGAGGUUGAGCCUGCGAAUUUGCGAGGGGGACUGCGCCGUGCUGAAGCGGGGUGACGUCUUCAAAGCCGUGCCCGUGCUGCGGAAGAGAAAAAUUAUUUUUGAGAAGCAGGGCUUCUAUCUGGAUAAUGCCAUUGGACAUGUGUAUGGAACUACAUUUGAAGUAACAAGUGAUGGAAACCUGCAGCCAAAGAGACAGGUGGAAGAGACUACCACAGAAACAAAAGAAGCAGGUACAGAUAAUCGUAACAUAGUUGACGAUGGAAAGUCUCAAAAACUGACUCAUGAUGACAUAAAGGCUUUGAAGGACAAGGGUAUUAAAGGACAGGAAAUUGUUCAACAGUUAAUAGAGAACAGUACGACAUUCCGAGACAAAACAGAAUUUGCUCAAGAUAAAUACAUAAAGAAGAAGAAAAAAAAAUACGAGGCAAUUAUUACAAUUGUAAAACCGUCCACUCGCAUUCUUUCAACAAUGUAUUAUGCAAGGGAACCUGGCAAAAUUAUCCAUUUGCGUUAUGACACUCUAGCUCAGAUGCUUACUUUAGGAAAUGUCCGUGCUGGCAACAAGAUGGUCGUAAUGGAAACAUGUGCAGGCCUUGUGCUGGGGGCUGUGAUGGAGCGAAUGGGAGGCUAUGGAUCCAUUAUCCAGAUGUAUCCAGGAGGUGGGCCCGUUAGAGCUGCCACCAGUUGUUUUGGAUUUCCAAAACCUUUUUUCAAUAAUCUUCAUGAAUUUCCUCUCAGCAAAGUGGACAGUCUUCUCUGUGGGACAUUGUCUAUGGAGACUCUGCCUUCAGAACCUGAAGACACUGCAUUAACAGAGGAAGAAAUGAAUGGACUGGUUGAUGAGAAGCAGACUUCUGUACGGGGAACAGAAGAGGAAUCUUCUGCUGAAACAGCUAUGGAGAUCAACCAAACAGAAGAGCAGGAAAGAAUGGAUGUUAAUGCUGAGGAUGCAGAAUUUAAAGAGAAUAAAGAAAGAGAAAACAAAGAAAAUGUUCGAGAAAAGCAAAGAAAACAGUGGGAGAGAAGGAAAAAGCUAACAGAAACUGCUGCUUUGCUGAGAGAGAAGAACGCAGAUGGCUUACUUGUAGCCAGCAAGUUUCAUCCCACUCCUCUAUUACUGUCUUUACUGGAGUUUGUUGCUCCUUCACGGCCUUUUGUUGUCUACUGCCAAUAUAAAGAGCCCUUAUUAGAAUGUUACACUAAGCUGAGAGAAAGAGGUGGUGUUGUUAACCUAAAGCUAUCUGAAACAUGGCUACGAAGCUACCAGGUCCUACCAGAUCGAAGCCAUCCAAAACUGACAAUGAGCGGAGGCGGAGGGUACCUUCUAUCUGGUAUAACUGUUGUGCUGGAUAAGGGCAAAUCUGAUUCCAGUAAUUUAGAAGCACUGAAGAUGGAAGAGCCGUCAUCUAAAAGAUGUAAAGUUCAAGACCUUUGCUGUUAACAGAGGGAGAAUUGAUUUGUUUUUCAGAUCUCAGGAGACACGUGGUUAGUAAAAUAACAGGUACAGUUUCUGUGCUCUUGACAGCACAGAAAUAGUGUCUGUCAUACAUCAGUCAAUGAAAAGCAGAAUUAUGUGGUAGGGAGAACUGUCUCUCCAUACCAGUUUACAUGGUCAGAAUGAGAAGAUAAACUGGUGGAAGCAAACCUGUGUCAGACAUCACGCUGAAAGCACAUGAACCUCAAAGAAAAGACCUGAUGGUCAGGCUGAGAAGUUAACGUGGACAUGAGUGCUUUCACUGAUGCUUUGUCUUUUCUUGUUUGUUGCCAAAACUGGAUAUGAUUUCGUAAUUUUUAAAACAUGAAUCUGAAUUAACACAAGUAAUUUUGCUUCUGAUUUUCCUAGAACAAAAUCAGGGUAAAACGUUCUGUGUAGUGAUCUGCUCCCUCUUUAGACACUGAGUCCUGCAGUGUUGAGUAAUCUAAGGAAGCAGCAUAAGCAGCAAAAAUUAUUCAUACAAAAAAGUAUUUUUCUUUCCAAAGGAGCAAUAAAAAGAGAACAUUAAUUCCAGAACUUUA